AUGAAAAAGUUGUUUAUCACUGUGGAUGUUGCAUUUCAUGAUAAUGAUAUGUACUAUGCCAAUCUCGAGUCUUCACUUCAGGGGGAGAAUCAGACAGAAGUUCAAACUCUUGAUUAUAGUAUUCCAGAUACAGUUAUUGUGAAUGAUUUGGAUUCAAGUGGGGAUGUUUUGGAAACAAGUGAGACAAAUGGUGAUCAUUCACAUGAAAAUAAUGUGAAUGAGUUGGAAUUAAGUGGCAAUUCAUUGGAGACAAGUGGUGAUCAUUCACAUGAAAAUAAUGUUGAAAACCUUGAAAGAGACGAGCUUACGUCAUCGAACAGCUCACUGCCAACUUUCGCACCACCAACUUCCUCGCUGCCCUCACAGUUGGCCUCACCAUCUUUGAGCCCCAAUAACCAUAAUCAAUCGCCUUCAAUUUCAGAUGCACCACCACCAUGUCAUCUCCCUAACCGAGGUUCGGUUAAUGAUAGGCGCUCAACGUCAAGUUACUUUACAUUUGUUGAGGGUAACUUGGUUACAUGGAGGAGUAAGAAGCUGAAUGUGGUUGCCCGUUCCAGUACAAAAGCCGAAUACAGAGGAAUGGAUUUGGGGAUUAAAAAUGAUCAGCCUAUGAAAUUAUUUUGUUAUAAUAAAGUCGUCCAUGACAUUGCACAUAAUCCGAUUCCAACUAAUAUAUCUCACUGUAAAGAACUGAGAGUGCUCGACCUUUACUCCAAUACGCUUAUUGGGCAACUCAGUUCAUUGUUGGAUAUAAAUAUUCUAUGGUUUGAUACAAACAAUCUUAUUGGAACUAUCCCAAGUUGGAUAGGAAACUUUUCUUCUUUGUAUGGUCUUUAUAUUGGUGGAAACAACUUUCAAGGAAGUAUACCCAAUGAGCUCGGGCGUCUUACAGGCUUGCAAGCAUUCUCAGUUGCAGCAAACAAUCUGUCUGGCAUGGUCCCUCCUUCAAUCUAUAAUAUUUCUUCCAUAACCAUUUUCGGUGUCAGAAAUAUUCCUGCAUCGUUCUCAAAUGCUUCUAGACUUAGUAUUCUUGAUUUGCCUGAAAAUUGUCUCAAUGGAACAAUCCCUGCCGAAAGUCUUGGAAGCUUACAAAGCUUAGUCAGACUAAACUUGGGUGCCAAUAGACUCGAAACUAGUAACACUGGCGAUCUGAAUUUUAUCAGCUUCUUAGCUAAUUGUACUAGUCUGGAGGUGUUAGCUUUUUACCCAGCUUAUGACAAACAAUUUUCCGAGUCAUUUCCAUCCUCCCUUGGUAACUUGACUUUAUUGACAAAGCUCUUCGUGAACAAUAUUAGUUUUAAGGGAAAUAUGCCUCCAAGUAUAGGAAACCUCCAACACCUACUGAUGCUUGACCUUUCUAGUAACAAUCUAACAGGGACCAUACCUGAAGAGCUUAUUGGACUUUCGUCCCUCUCAAUUUAUUUGCGCAUAUCUAACAAUCAUUUGUCUGGUCUGCUACCAUCGAAAGUGGGUAAUUUGAUUGAAGGAACACUUAUUCAGUUUCUUCAAAGUUUGAGAAGUUUGGAAGGAAUGGAUCUUUCGAGCAAUAACUUUUCUGGGCAAAUUCCUGAAUUUAUAGGAAAGUUUCUCAAUUCUUGGAAAUCCUAA